AAUUGAUUAGGCAACCAUCGCUUUCAGUUCGGGUGUACUUCGCCAUAGAAUCGGUUCUAUCGUAACAUGACGUGUCCACCUUUUGGACGAUGGAUUUUUCAAACCAGUUCUUCCUCAAAUUCAAGAUGGCGGCUGAAAGAUCUCAUUUUAUAGCUCCAGUUAUUCAGGACAAUCCCAAUGGCUGGGGCCCGACGUCGGUCUCAGACGCGUUUAAAGGAAUCCCUUAUCAACCUUUCUCGAAAGGAGAUAGAAUUGGCAAGGUAAUAGUCUGGAUUUACUCUAGAUUUGUGUACAAAAAUAAUACAUAUUUAAUAGUUUUUUACCCACGUGUAAAUUGAUUUUGGUACUUUAGGACUUUAUAUGAAUACGUAGUUAGAUAAUAAUUAUGUUGUUGUGUCCUAAGUCAGUUUUUAUGUGCGUGGUUGUACAGAAUUUUCUGUGAAUUGCAAGUAAGUAUGAUCUUUUGAAGAUCCCUCUGACCCUCUUCACCUCUUGCCAGCUCUUGGGGUAUAAUUCCAAUUAAUAUCCAUCCCACCGGGAGGCGGGAACACAAUGUUGUUUCAAUGUUGAGAUUUGGUUGAAAAAAGGUUGUGAUGUCGACAACCUGAUAUGAACGUUACUCUGAUGAUGUUUUACAAACGUUGGUUCAACAGCAGCUAACAGAAGUAAAAUCAACGUUCAUUCAUGGUUGAUUAUACGACGUCAACUUGUGAAAUAUUAAACUCAACAUUGUUUCAACUAGGAUUCAAUGUUGAAUUACGGUUGACGAGAUUGGCAACCUAAUCUCAACGUUGUUUCAAUGUCAAAAUAGUAUUAAACGUCGAUCAAUUUGCAUUUUCAAUCCUUUUUCAACAUCUACCCAACGUCUCUGGGAGAUAAUUUCUGACAUUGAUUCAACUUUGAAUAAACGUUGUUUUGCCCGCUGGGAUCUCUCCCAUCGGGUUGUGACAAAAUGGGACUAAUACAUACCUGUAGAUUUUAUUGUUGUGGAGGUAGCCAAUCUUUAAAUGGAGCUAGACUAUGCCACAUUCUCGUACCCAGAGCCCGUCUUACACGCGAUCAACAGAGCAUGACAAGGGUAGCAGGUACGAUCGGCAGUUGUGCUGCAUUUGCCGCAACUGCAGAUCAAAAUUUAGCUUCUGAACGACAACACAAUGCCAAGUGUGCCAAGUAUAGAAGUGCAUUCUGAGAGUGCAUUCUUGCAGUUAUUCUAGUUAGACAGUAACUCCGGGCUUAGAUAACAAGCUCCAAAUGAUUUUUGGAAUUAGCAACACAGCAAGUAACUUCAAGCUUUAUACAUACCUAGCGGCUAGGCUGGCUUGCCUCGCUACACAAUACUUUUUGGAGUUAGACAGUAACUCAAGGCAUAGGUACCUAGUUUUUUCAUGAUUUUUGGAGUUAUUCUUAGCACCAAAUGAUUUUUGGAGUUAGCCAGUAACUCCAGGCUUAGAUGCUUAGCACCUAAAUGAUGCUUAGCUGCCAAAUUUGGAGUUAUACCUAGCUCCAAACGAUUUUUGGAGUUUGCCAGUAACUCCACAAUUCAUAUUUCAACUCAUACGUUUUGAAUUACACAAGUUAUUCAAGUGUAUAUUUUGGUUUGGAGUUGGCCCUUUAGACUUUGGAGGUAGCGUCGCUCCAUAACUUCCUACUUUCUACAGGCAUGGACUAAUAUGUAUUAUAAUUGGCAAUCUAGAUAUCAGAUUGGUCUGGUACAUCAUACCAAGAUAGACGGUACCAAAGUAAGUUGCAUGUCAAGAAUUUCAUGUAAAUAAAGUGUUUUUUUUCCAAAUAUUUCAAUCGCAAGAUAAAAUAUUUUUCAAACUAUAUCAUAGAUAAAUAUUUGAACCAGUUUGGUGGAGGCAGUCAGUAUGCUUAUUACCACGAGGAAGAUGAAUCCAGCUUUCAUCUUGUGGACACAAGCCGUCCUCAGAAACCUAUCUACAUGAGGAAUAGAAAUAGAUUUAACCAGG